UUAUCUUGAUGGGGGCAGAUGCUCUCAUAGCCUGGUCCCUUCUCUGUCCCCCUUGUCCUCUCACAGGUGUCUUCGAGGGGCAGGCAGCCCUGAGGACUCUUAACUGCCUGCACGGUACUAGCUGUCCCGGUCCGCAGCUGGGAGGGAAAAAGAAAGGAGGAAGCCUCACCCAUCAGGUGGCCGGUACUAAGGUGCAGUGCUUGGUGGGGCCUUCAGAACACACCACAACGUAACCUGGCCCGAGUUCCCCAGCUGCUUCCCCAGCUACUCACCUGUUCCCAGAGGGUCCCAGAAAGAGAGAAGGGAGAGGGCGGGGGAGAGACCCCCAGUAAGUCCCCGUGCAGGACCGAAAUGUCUCGGUCCAUGGGCACAGUUUGGAAAAACAAUUUUCCAGACUCGUGGCGAGGGGAAGACAAAGGAGAGGUUAUCGGCAGGGAUGCGCUUGGUGGAGAGGGACGACCUCCUGAUCUUCGGGGGGACCUGACCGCAGGGGAGUUGGUGGGCUUGUUGACCGUGUUGCAGUCACUCGGCAAGUCUUCGCUGGCCAGCAGGAGGACUCUACAUGCUGCACACAGACAGGCCUCUGCUUCCCUCUCCCUUCGGGUUUCCACACUCGCGCCCCUAGACACAGCCCUGCCACCUGCCCCAGUCAGGCACCACUGAGUGCAUGUCCAGGCCCCGCCUGCCUCGCCCUGUGUCUGUUACCUAAUCCCCUCAGGUGACCCGCCCGGGAGUAGGUGCCCACAGCCCCAGGCUCCCUUUGUUCCCAGUCAGCAUCUCCUUGGAAAGUAGUGGCCGCAGCUAGAGGCUCAGGCCUGGCUUCUCUGGGGUCCUCCUUUUGUCCGUUCUUCUUGACAAUGUCCCUGAGUAGGGACACAAACCCGGCAGAAGGCCAGGUCACCCUGAAGGAAGCCCUCUGGCUGCUUGGGUUCUGGGCAGUGCUGGCCUCAGUCCAGUGCUCUCAAGGCCGCCCCUCAUGGCGUUACAUCUCCUCAGAGGUGGUGGUUCCCAGGAAGGAGUUACACCAUGGCAAGGGCGUUCAGAUGCCAGGCUGGCUCUCCUACAGCCUGCAUUUUGGGGGCCAGAGGCAUAUUAUCCACAUGCGGCCCAAGAAAAUCUUUUGGCCUGGACACCUGCUCGUGAUGACUCAGGAUGACCAAGGAGCCUUGCAGAUGGACUACCCCUUCAUCCCUUCCGACUGUUACUACCUCGGCUACUUGGAGGAGAUUCCUUUUUCCAGGGUCACGGCGGACACAUGCUAUGGGGGUCUCCGAGGCUUUAUAAAGUUAGAUGACUUAACCUACGAAAUCAACCCCAUGAAGGAGUCUCAAAGGUUUGAACAUGUCGUUUCUCAGAUAGUAGCAGAUGCCAAUGCAGUGGGACCUAUGUAUCCACUGGGCUACAAAGAGGAAGAAGACCCCCUGUUCUCUCCAGAAGAUGCCAGUGCAGCCCCCAGGAUCGCUAGUAAGGCCUAUUCAUCUCAUAGAGCAUAUCUGAAAGGAUUUCUUCAUUGUACUCGGGAAAUGCAUAAUUCCCUAGGAAAUCUGUCAAACUCUAUUACCUACCUGAUAGAUUUAGGUAGUAUAAUGGACUCGAUGAUUCUAACUCUUGAUACAAGGUACUAUAUUAGCAGCCUACUCGUUUAUAAUAACCGUGACCCAGUCAACACAGGAGAUCUUGCAGAGGGAGGUGCAUACUACCAGUAUUAUCAGAGAACUCUGUAUCCAAGUCUUGAUCCACACACAGCCCUUAUCCUGAAUAGGCAUCGUCCAAGAGACAAUCAGUAUGCGGUGCAAAUAUACGGGGUAUGCGGCCGCCGUAAUCUUGUCCCGGUUGGUCACUUGGGCAGACAUAAAAUAAUGGUAGGUGUCGUUGCAUCUGCCAUUACUGGGAGGUCUAUAGGUCUGUAUUAUGAUGUUAUGAGCUGUGUUUGCCAGAGAAGGUCCGUCUGCCUUAUGUUCUACUCUCCUUCAUUAACAGACACCUUCAGUAACUGUUCCUUUUACAUAUCCAACAUGUAUAUUUGUAUUCUGGUAAGAAGUGCAUGUUUCGAACUGCAUUUGUGUAUCACAAUAGAAGCCUGGCAAACGAUCGUUGUGGAGAUAAGAAGGUGGACCCUGGGGAGACCUGCGACUGUGGCUCCAUUAAGGAGUGUUACAGCAACCCCUGCUGUACCGAUGAAUGUCGGCUUACACCCGGAAGUUCUUGUAGUGUAGAUCUGUGCUGUUCAAACUGCAACUAUUCCCGCCCUGGGACACUCUGCAGGCCAACCCAAAAUAUAUGCGACCUUCCCGAGUACUGCACUGGUACAGAAAGGUUUUGUCCUGGUGAUGUUUAUUUGCAAGAUGGAACCCCGUGCUCCGAGGAGGGCUAUUGCUAUCAUGGAAAUUGCACGGACCGCUCCAUGCAUUGCAAAGAGAUCUUUGGCAGAAAUGCUGUGAACGCUGCAAAUGAGUGCUAUUCUAUCAACAAAAGGGGCCAUCGGUAUGGACACUGUAGAAAACUACCUGAGGCUGUCGAAUUUACUGCUUGUAGUGAUGCUGAUGUAUUGUGUGGAAGAUUGCAAUGUACCAAUGUCACUCACCUUCCAGUGUUGCAAGAGCAUGUUGGAUUUCAUCAGUCUGUGAUAUCAAGUAAGUUGUGUUUUGGGGUGGACGUACACCGUGGGACUGAAACAAAUGACGUUGGUUAUGUGAGAACUGGUACCCUCUGCAGGCCUCGAGUGUUUUGUUCAAAUACCUACUGCAACGGUACUUUGACUGAUCUGAGGUAUGACUGUAUCCCUGAGAAAUGCAAUUAUAGAGGGAUUUGCAACAAUAGAAGGAACUGCCACUGCCACAUAGGCUGGGAUCCUCCAUAUUGCGCACAGGUAGGUAUUGGAGGAAGCGUGGACAGCGGACCGCCGCAAGAACGAAAGAGGUCAUUAAAACAAGCCCAAGCGCCAAUCAUCUAUUUGAGACUGCUCUUCGGUCGCCUUUAUGCCUUCAUAGCUGCGAUGCUCUUUGGUGUGGCCACAAAUGUAAAAUCUGUCAAGACCACCACAGUUAAGGAAGUAACAGUGAAUGCUUAGAUAUCCUAAACCAGCCUCCUGACCCUUGUUCAACUACAGGCAAUGUAGAAGGAACAUGUGUGAGAAAAUCAGUAAUGAGAUGACAAAGCUGAAGUUCACUUCCUAGAAGUCUGUGGAACGGGGCUGGGGGCUCGUACCGUGAGUGGUCAGAAUUCUCACACCAGGUCUCUUUGAGAAGCUGCUUCCCGGCAUGCUGAAAUAAAACCUAAGAACACA